AUUAUUUGAAAUAAGUUCAUGCACACUAACCCAUACAUAAAAUAACUAAAAGCAAAGUGAAAAAAAGGGCAUUUUAGCCAUAUAUCAUCUUGAAAAACUAAAUCUGUAUGUAUUAAAAUUACAAGAAUUUCAAUAUUCACUUUCCAAAUAAAUUCCAGUAAUGAAAAAACCUCAUUUAAACUCCUAUGUAUUUCCCUAAGAAAAUUCUAAAUUUUCCUUAUUGACAAUUCCUAAAGAAACACCUUUAUAAUAAGUAUAAUAUUUCGAAUAAAUAUUAUAACAAAACAGCGAUUUUUUAAUAUCCGAAGAUAUAGCAGAAACAGAAAAAAAAUAACAAAAUUGGGACAAUCUUACACCAUCGAAAAAAAUAUAAGGUUAUUUAUAUAAAGGAGGGGAUUUUAUAAAGGCUGGAAUAAUAACAGGGGCUGGUUAUUUGGCUUAAGGAAUAUAGGAAGGUGGAUAGUAUAUUUAGGCAAAAGUGACGAAAAAAGAAGAAGUUAUUAUUAAACCAGAAACUGUUUAGAAAGUUAAAUUAGCAAAUGUUACUUCUUCGGCAGUUUUAAAUUUUACAAAAGCUUAAGUAGAGGGAUUGCUAUAAGGAGUUAAGGUUAUUGGUAAUGAAAUUGCUAAUUAAGCAGCUAAUUCGGAAACUGGAAAGAAAAUUUAAUCUCAUAAAAAUUACUAGGAUGUUAAAAAUGUAACUAAAGGAGCAGUUAAUGCAGUAGCUAAUGUAUAUGAAGGAAUGUAUUAGGCACUCUGUUUGAUUGGAAGGGGAAUUUAAGGUGCUACUACAGGGGUUAUAGGGGCUAAAUAUGGAGAUGAUGCGGCUAAAAUAGCCAAUGAUGGAUUAGAUGUGGUGGGAAACGUGGGAGAUAUGGGAAGAAUAACAAAAAAUGGAGCUAUUAAGGCUGUUUAAGAUUGUACUUAGAGUACUUUUUAUCAUGGAGGGAAAUAAUGAG